GAGCGCUUGUUCGGGGAGGUCUACGGGGUGGACGACCGCGCCCUGCGCCUGGGCGCCGAGGCCGACGAGCGCAAGCGGCGCUGGGUCCAGGGGAAGAAGGGCUUCGAGCAGCGCAUCGGGCUGCUGGAGGACAAGCGGCGGGCCGCGGCGGCGACGAGGAUCCAGUCCAUGUGGCGGCGCGCGGCCGCGCGGCGGGCCGUGGAGCGGCGCAGGGCGGAGCAGCGGCGCCGGCGGGCGCAGGAGGCGCAGCGGCGCGAGGAGGCGUGGCAGGGCCUCGUCGAGGCGCAGCCUGCGCUGGAGGCGACGUCGAGGAGGAGACGCGCGCGGCUCGAGGCGGAGGGGGCGCUCCUGGAGCGCGCGCGCCUGCGGGAGUCCUCGGCGGCCGUGGUCCAGAGCAGGCACCACUUCGCAGCCGGGCAGGUCGCCGCCGCCGCGCAGCAGCAGGAGCCCACGGCGGGUUCCCAUGCGGCCGUGGCCGGCAGCGACGGCCUCCUGCGUGUGGGCGCGCCGGCACCUCGCGGCCAGGAGGCGACGCCGCGCGAGCUGGCGAGGGCGCGCGGAGAGGCGAAGGAGGUGCAGGCCAUGGUGGCGAAGAGGACGCAGGCCGGCGGGUGCCACCGUGGCGCGGACAAGCUGGAUCGGCCAGCCAGGCCCCUGCAUCCGCACGCGUGGGCGCAGGCGAGGGCGGUCUUGGACAAGGCGGUGCGAGCGGCGGACGUCCUUCAGGCGGUGCAGGGCCAGGUCGGAGAGGCGGCCAUGGACAUCUGGUGCAGCAGCUGCGGCAAGGGGGGCCUCGACCGGCUCGGAAGCCACCCGACUAAAACCAACAUCGUGACCAACCAGCCUCGGUACCGCGACAGGCCGCUGCCGCGUGACAGGCUGGAGCACAUGGCCAUGUGCGCCGGAGUGUCCUCGUUACGGAGAGACCUGGCACUAUCCACGAUGGCCGAGGCGAUCGCCUGGCACAUCUGA